CCUUGUGUCCUCUGCUAUCGCGAAGUUGCCAAUUCCAGCCGGGUUUCUCUUCCGCACAUCACUUCCACAAAUUCUCUUCUCGCUCUUUAAAGGUUCUGAUUUUGAUAAUCGACGUUGCGAUCUGGUCAUCGCUCACCCACAAUCGUUACUUUUACAACCAACUAUCGUAUACCUUGUUUAAUUCGGAAGCCCGCGACACGAGAUUAAUAAACCCACAGAACCCACACCCCGUACCUUCGCUCGGACGGACAGACGAACCCGCUGAACAAAAGGGCUAACCUAGCUGGUCUGUCUAUCUUAACCAUCGUCAAUCUACCACUUUUGCGAUCCUGUACAUACCAUACAUACUAUACAUACCAUAUAUACCUACAUACAUACACACCUAGAUCGACAAUAAACCGCUCCCCCCCAAACAAUCAUCCAAGAUGAAGACCGCAUUCGCCACAACGCUCCUCGCCGCGCUCUGCGCAACCCUCGUCAGUGCCGGCGUAGUCAUCACCCCUAUCUUCCAGAACCAGGUCGUGCCUCAGGCGAGCAACGACUGCUUCUUCGGCCGCACGACUCCUUUCGGCUGCGGCCCCCUCCGCUCGUAACGAGUCUUGAACGAGAGGCCCGUUGGAAUAGAUCUGGCUCCGAGGAGCGAACGAGGGAAGCGCCGGCGUUGGGUAAAUAGAUAGAUCUGGAAGUUCGAAAGAGAUUACUUCGGUCGCUUGGAUACAGUCAAAUUAACGGUUACAUGGAGAAGGUGGCGAGGGAAUACUUGUGGUUGUGAAAUUCAGUAAUGAAUGAAUGUGUGGCAUUGUGUUCAAGCUCAAGUUUGGGGUUGUUUAUUGAUUUUCGUCGUUAAACCCGGGAAAUACAAAAUUUACUUCGCAAUUUGUAAAUGGUUCUGAUCUACAUCCAUGGCAAAUGUCUAGACGGUGCUUCUAGUCAAAGAAUGCUAGGAUAUAUAGAAACACUUCGCAUGGCCCUUUAACACAAACACAUCUUGCCGUCCAUAUGUACGUACGUACAUAAUGCGACAAGUCUUCAGCAAACAGGUGUUGCUAGGUAAUAUAAUAAAUAAUUGCGAAUAUAAAAUU